GUCACCACAGUUUCCAACAUGGCGGUUCUCAGUGUGUCGUGUAAUCCCUGGAUUCUAUAGUGCUAUUUCUAAGCGUAACCUUAACCCUUUUUUGACGCGAUUUCUGUUAAUCUAACCUUAAAAAGUUCGCAUAUACAAUAACUGCAUCGUUUUUAAGUUCAAUUGGCUCUUCAUAGGUUUAAUAUCAUUACUCAAUUUCGUUGUUCUUAUUGGCGAAACAAAAUGGCGAGUUCCCAUUCUUCACUCUGAAUAUUAUCCCUUUAAACUUUUAUUUUUAUUUCUUAAAUGCGAUUAUUUCCGAAGUUUGUUUUAAUAAAUUAACGUGGGGAUAUUGGCCGUUUUACUGCACCGUAUUUUGUUGAAAAUCUUCCGCGUGUAUUCUCGGAAUUCCAAAGAAAGUUAGCCUACAAGAUGCCAGAGAGUGGAGACGAAUCAGACAAGUCAGGUUCGGGCUCAGUGAGUGGAAGUUCUUCAGACAGUCAACAGGAUUCGGCAUCAGAUAGCGGGUCAGGCUCAUCUAGUUCAGGAUCUGGCUCCGAAAGUGGCGGAGAAAAUGAUAAUGCUUCUGAUAAUGACACAUCAAAGACGACUGAUGAAAGUAGCCAAAUUAUACAAUGCAAUCAGAGUAGUCCCGGACCUUCCAAAGAUGACAAUUCUUUGGGUGUAAAUUCGGAGCCAGAAGAUAACGAUGUAUCACCAUCCAGGAGAUCUUCUUCUAACAAAACAAAAUCGGAGCAAGAUGAUGAUGAUGAUGAUGAUGAUGAGCCAGUUCGACGAUCUGGUCGUUCUAGGCGGGAGCCUGAACGACUGGAAAACGAAAAUAAUUCAAGAAAAAAGAGUGACCAUUGGAAAUAUAAUGAUGCAAGCUCCUCUUCCGAAUCGGACGAAGAAAGAGAACGACCACCUCCAAGUAAACGUGUGGGUGCCAGAGCAAGAGCUACAGUUCAGAAAAAGAAACCUGUUAGGAGGCGGCAUCGAUAUAGUUCAGACGAAUCGACUGAUUAUUCUGAAGACGAAAGACGUCGGAUUGUUGCCAGAAGGGCUGCUGCUACUGUCAGUUACAAGGAAGAUAGUGAAGACAAAACUGAUUCUGAAGAUCUUCUUGAUGUAGAUCCAAACGAACCUGUUGAACCUGUGAUAGAAGAAAAAUGUGAGACUAUCGAAAGAGUAAUAGCGCAACGAAGAGGGAAGAAAGGGGUGACUGGUAACAUUACCACUUGCUACUACAUAGAAGAACACGGUGACCUUAAUGAAAGUACUGAUCCAAAUGAUUUGGAAAAUACAGAGGACCAGUACCUGAUUAAAUGGAAAGAUUGGGCACAUAUACAUAAUACUUGGGAAUCUGACCAUUCUUUAAGGGAACAAAAAGUGAAAGGAAUGAAGAAAUUAGAAAAUUAUAUUAAAAAAUCAGUCGAAAUACAACAAUGGAUGAAGUAUUCAACACCUGAAGAUGUAGAAUAUUAUGAAUGCCAGUUAGAGCUAACUCACGAACUUCUUAAAAGUUAUAACCAAGUGGAAAGGAUAAUUGCUAAAUAUGAUAAACCUGAUGAUGCUGGUGUAGACUAUUAUGUGAAGUGGGAGAAUUUACCAUAUGCAGAAUCCACCUGGGAAGAUUCAGUGUUAAUUCAGAAAAAGUGGCCUGAAAAAAUCACUGAAUUUUUAGAACGUGAACAAUCAACAAGAACUCCAACAAGACAUUGCAAAGUUCUAAAAUGUCGCCCCAAAUUCCACGAAGUCAAAGACCAACCAGAUUAUAUGACAGGCAAAGAAAAAAGUCUGGUAUUAAGAGAUUAUCAAAUCCACGGUUUGAAUUGGAUGAUCCAUUCAUGGUCCAAGGAGAAUUCUGUAAUUCUGGCCGACGAGAUGGGUCUUGGCAAAACGAUUCAGACCAUUUGCUACUUGUACUACCUAUUCAACAAUCAUCAUCUUCACGGACCUUUUUUGUGCGUAGUGCCACUGUCUACUAUGACAUCAUGGCAACGAGAGUUUGCGCAAUGGGCUCCUGAUUUGAACUUUGUUACCUAUCUUGGCGAUGUGCAGUCGAGAGAAAUUAUUCGUCAAUACGAGUGGUGCUAUGACGGUUCCAAAAGGCUGAAAUUCAAUGCUAUCUUAACUACCUACGAAAUCGUACUCAAGGAUAAAGCUUUCCUAGGAAGCAUCAGCUGGGCUGAAAUAUUAGUUGAUGAAGCUCAUAGAUUGAAAAAUGAUGACUCGCUAUUAUACAAAGCAUUAAUGGAAUUUGACACCAAUCAUAGACUACUAAUUACAGGAACACCAUUACAAAAUAGCUUAAAAGAAUUAUGGGCUUUGCUUCAUUUUAUUAUGCCCAAUAAAUUUGAACGCUGGGAAGAUUUUGAAAAAGACCACGAACACGCUUCCACAAAAGGUUAUUCUAAGUUGCACAGGCAGUUGGAGCCAUUUAUUCUAAGAAGAGUAAAAAAGGAUGUAGAAAAAUCUUUACCUGCUAAAGUAGAACAGAUUCUUAGAGUUGAAAUGACAUCUAUUCAAAAACAGUAUUAUAAAUGGAUUUUAACAAAAAACUACAAUGCUUUGAGGAAAGGCGUUAAAGGUUCAUCAAAUACAUUUUUAAAUAUUGUUAUAGAACUUAAAAAAUGCUGUAAUCAUGCGUUUUUGACGAAACCAGCUGAAGCUGAACCCCUUAACGCUCAGCAGGAAAGGCUUCAAACAUUACUGAGAGGAUCUGGAAAAUUGGUUUUACUAGACAAAUUAUUAAUUCGGCUUAGAGAAACUGGUCAUAGGGUGUUAAUAUUUUCUCAGAUGGUUCGGAUGUUAGAUAUUUUAGCUGAAUACCUCCAGUUAAGACAUUUUCCAUUUCAAAGAUUAGAUGGUAGCAUUAAAGGUGAUAUUAGGAAGCAAGCUCUCGACCAUUUCAAUGCUGACGGAUCCCAAGAUUUUUGUUUUCUUCUCUCUACUCGUGCAGGUGGUUUGGGAAUCAAUUUAGCAACAGCAGAUACAGUAAUUAUUUUUGAUUCUGACUGGAAUCCACAAAAUGACUUGCAAGCCCAAGCUAGAGCGCACAGGAUUGGUCAAAAAAAUCAAGUCAAUAUUUAUAGGCUCGUUACAGCUAGAAGUGUUGAAGAAGAAAUUGUUGAAAGAGCAAAGCAAAAAAUGGUUCUAGAUCAUUUAGUUAUACAACGAAUGGACACUACAGGAAGGACUGUGUUAGAUAAAAAAGGAAGUACAAAUAAUAAUCCGUUCAAUAAAGAAGAUCUAACUGCGAUUUUGAAAUUUGGGGCUGAGGAAUUAUUCAAAGAUGAGGAUAUAGAUGAAGAACCUAAUUGCGAUAUAGAUGAAAUUUUAAGAAGGGCGGAGACUCGUGAUGAAGGGCCAUCAAUGGCAGGAGAUGAACUUUUAUCAGCUUUUAAAGUAGCAAGUUUUGCUGCGUUUGAGGAAGAAACCGUUCCCUCACCAAUGGCCACAACAAACGAUAAUGACGAAGAAAGUAAAGACUGGGAGGAAAUCAUACCAGAGAAUCUUAGAAAGAAAGUAGAAGAAGAGGAGAAAAAUAAAGAAAUGGAAGAUUUAUAUUUACCGCCUAGAAGUAGAAAAACACUUCAGCAGAUUAACCAAUCAGACAGCGAAGGCGGCGAGGCUGGUAAAAGAAAAAGUAGGAAAGAAAAUGACGAAUCAGCAGGCUCUAGCUUAGGCGAAGGUGAAGAAUCCGAUCAAGAUCGUCCGAAAAAACGUGGGCGUCCGCCAGUAGGAAAUCGAGAAAAAAUCAAAAACUUUACGGACGCUGAAAUUCGCCGUUUUGUUAAGAGCUAUAAAAAAUUCAGCGCUCCCUUAAAACGACUAGAGGCUGUCGCCUGUGAUGCAGAACUUCAAGAAAAACCAUUACAAGAGUUGAAUAAACUUGGUGAAAUGCUCCGCGAGCGUUGCAUAGCUUUUAUGAACGAACAAAGUAAAGAAAAUGAUGAAAGCAAGAAGAAAGCUAGAGGCCCUUCAUUUAAACUUGGUGGCGUAUCCGUAAAUGCUAAAACCAUGAUGCAGUGCAUAGAAGAACUAGCACCCUUAGAUGAAAUUUUACCAGAAAAUGAAUCUGAGAGAAGCAAAUGGUCGUUAGAUAUUAAAACUAAACCAGCUAAUUUUGACAUUGAAUGGGGUGCAGAGGAAGAUACUAAGUUGCUGAAAGGCAUUUAUAUUUAUGGCAUUGGAUCGUGGGAACAAAUUAAACUAGAUCCACAUUUAAGUAUCAGCGAUAAAGUGCUUUUAAAUGAGGACAAAAAACCUCAAGCCAAACAUUUACAAUCAAGAGCAGAGUACUUAUUGAAGCUCCUGAAAAAGCAGCUAGAUCCUAAUAAAAAAGCUGCACAGAGGCCUAAGAGGGUUAGAAAGGUCAAAGAUGCCAAAUCUAAGGAAAUAAUUGAAAAUGAUUUUAGCUCAAUUGAUGAAACAGUGCAAACUAGUCAAGGUAACAGCCCGAAGAAAUCAAGAGCAGUAAAGAAGGAAGUCGUUAAUGAUAAGGAUGUAGAAGAAGUAGUGGUUAAAAAAGAGAAAAAAGAAAAAAAAAGUAAGGUGAAAAAAGAAAAAAAGGCAGCUGGGCCUAUGCACUUCACUGCCAAUCAUGAACCAAAGGCUAUAAACGUUCUAGGGGAUUUGGAUCCAGCAAUAUUUACUGAAUGUAAAGAGAGGAUGAGGCCUGUUAAAAAAGCUCUUAAAGCUUUGGAUAAUCCUGAUCAAUCCAUGUCUGAAGUAGAACAAGUUCAACAUACAAGAGACUGCUUAAUACAGAUUGGAGAACAAAUUAAUACUGUGCUAUCCCAAUACUCUGAUCCUGAUAAAAUAAAAGAAUGGAGAAGUAAUCUGUGGUAUUUUGUAUCAAAAUUCACCGAAUAUGACGCCAAAAAGCUGUAUAAACUAUAUAAGAAAGCCAAAGCGAAAGAUACCAAAAAAGUUGUAAAAAAGGAGAAGCCUGUGGAGAAGGUUGCGGAAAAGAAAAAAGAAACCGAAGCUCUUGAGGUACCAUCAACAAGUAAAGAAAAGAAAAAAAUUCGAAAAGACAGUGAUAAAGAACACCAUCACCAUCAUCAUAAAAGAAAACACGAGCCUGGAGAAAAUAACCACAAAGAUGAAAAAACCAAUAAAAAACAUCACAAGGAUGGUACAGAAAAAAAAGAGCGACGAGAACGAGAGCAGCAAGACAAAGAGAGAAAGCGAAAUAGAGACGAAGUUAGUACAGAAGAAGAAGGAGAGUACAGAUAUCAAAAGCAUAGAAAUGCUCAAGGUUUUAGACAAACUGUACCACCCUCUCAUCUGGAGCCUGAUCGUAGUUGGUCCGGCCCAAGUGCGCCUAGGGAACGGUUUUCUGUGGAUCAUCCUAAAAGGACGUUUACCGAUUAUUCACGAGGAAGUGUUGGUCCUGGAUACCAUAGAGAACGCGACUAUAUUCGGCCUGAUAAAAGGUCUCCUGAUAGUAAGACGGAUUGGCGCCAAUAUUCUCGAGAUUCUCGGGCAAUGGUAUCGCCGGUCAUGGCCCCAAGACCCCUGUUCUAUGCUGGAAACUAUCCUGGUGGUGUUCACCCGAUGUACAGCCAAGAAGGUAGAUUUUCAACUGGUGAUUGGCGGCCACCUGAUAGGGAAUACUACCGUGGAAGUCGUCCACAGUGAAUAUAGGUUAAAAUAAUUAUAUUUAUCCGACACUUACAUAAUAAUAUGACAUUGUGGCCUAUAUAACUCACCAGUGAGUUAUGACAUGGUCCACUUAUUUGAAAAUUCUAUGCAUGUUUUGAAUCGUUUUUUUUUUCUGAUAAUGACAACUUCAAGUUUUGUUCAAAUAUUAUUGGAACAACACGAUUAUAUGAAAGUGUUGGAUAAAACGUUGUAUUAGGCCCGCAAAAUGUACAUUUAAAAUUUUGACAUGUGAAACUGUAAAAACUUUAUUAUGCAUAUACGUAUAUCUAUACAUUAUACACCACAUACAUUAUGUCGAUUGAUAAUUAGGUAUUGUCGAAAAUACUAAAUUUUUUUAGGCUGUUAAUUAAAUAGUGUAACUUUAUUUUUAUUGCUUUAUACAUAUUUUCGGUAUUUAGGUAUCAACUAUAAGUACCUAGAUAAAUAAGUACUAGAGUUUUCUGUUUUAAUUAUAGAGCGCUUUUGCGUGAUAUCAUUUUGAAAUGAACCUACUUUUGUAUAAUUGGAAUAUAGGUACAUAUGUAUAAUUGUGUAAUUCUCAGAUGUAAAUAUUAUACUAUAAUGUAAUUGAUAAAAUAUGUUUUGAUAUACUUUUGUUUUAUUUUUUAUUCAAAUGUUUUAAAUACAGAUAUAACAACUUAUAAAGUAUAAGGUCA